AAGGCUGAUGUAGAUUCACCAAUAUUGUGAUUUAUGUAGAAAUAUGUAUGUAAAAUCCAAUGGCAAGUGUUGCACUAGUGGCAGUGACUGACCUUGGACAUCUUAUGUAAUGGCAGGGGAACAGCCUGACUUGACUUGUUUUGUUUUGAACUUCUAGGGCUUUGGUCAAGCUGGUGGGCACUCCUGAAGGCAAUGGACCAUGCCAGAGUGGCAAUCUCUAACUUGUUUGGUGGUGAGCCGAAGUCAUACACGCGCUUUAGCAUUGCCCGGCAAAUGGAUGGAGACAACAGCCAUGUGGAGAUGAAUCUAUCUGCUGAUGAUGAGGAAGGAGGGGAAACUGGGAGACCGGAGCACCUGCACACCAGCAUGCCUCCUCCAUGGAGGAUUGACAAGAACCGCUGCUUCCUAAUCAUCACAGCUGUCCUCCUCCUUUUGAUUGGGUUUCUGAUUGGCUACUUGAGUUAUCGUGGACGAAUGCAGAAGGACAGCAGGUGUCUGGAUGGAAGUGGCAAGUGUGAGAUGACUCCUACCGCAUCUUACUUAGUGGAUGAUAAUGAAGCUGCCGAAGAGGUUCCUGGACCACCUGUUUUAUACUGGCCUGACCUCAGAAAGCUGUUGUCAGAUAAGCUGUCAACCUCGCAUCUUGAGAACAGCUUGAGGCUCAGAGCAAGUAAGUACUCUUGUGAAGCUGGUCAGAGUGAAGAUGAGAGCCUUGCCAUGUACAUCCAUGAACAGUUUGAGAGAUUCUCCUUGGAUGAAGUGUGGAAUGAUGAGCACUACAUUAAGCUGCAGGUCAAAGGCAGUAGUGACAACAUUGUGUCUACUUUGAAAGAUGGUAAAGAGGAGGAACUGGAGCGUCCCAGUGCAUAUGUGGCAUACAGCAAGAGUGGCUCAGUUUCUGGCAAACCAGUCCAUAUGAAUUACGGACUGAAAGCUGAUUUUCAGAAGAUAAAGAAUCUGGAUAUUUCACUGAAUGAAACUAUAAUCAUCUUCAGAGCUGGAAAAAUAACUCUUGCUGAGAAGGUUGCAAAUGCCAAAGAGGCAGGAGCAGUUGGUGCCCUGAUGUACCUGGAUCCCUACGAUUACAGGAACGCAGAGGGCCUUGUCCCCUUUGGACAUGCCCACCUUGGAACCGGAGACCCUUUCACCCCAGGCUUCCCUUCUUUCAACCAUACCCAGUUCCCACCAGUGGAAUCUUCUGGACUACCUCGCAUUGCUGUUCAGACUAUCUCUAGCCAAGCACUAGUCAAGCUGUUCAGUAAAAUGGAUGGAGAGAGAUGCCCUCUGGAUUGGAAAAGUGAGAUCUUUGGAUGUAAGGUGAUGCCGAGUAGCACGAGCAACUUCACAGUGAAACUGAGUGUGAACAAUGUUAUGGUGGACAGGAAGAUUCUGAACAUCUUCGGUGCUAUCAAGGGAUUUGAAGAGCCAGAUCGGUAUGUUGUGAUCGGAGCCCAGAGAGACUCCUGGGGCCCUGGAGCGGCCAAGGCUGGCGUUGGAACUGCCAUCUUGUUGGAACUUGCCCGUGUGAUUUCAGACAUGGUGAAAAAAGAUGGCUACAAACCAAGGCGCAGCAUCAUCUUUGCUAGCUGGAGUGCAGGAGAGUACGGAGCUGUGGGUGCUACUGAGUGGCUGGAGGGGUACUCUGCCACACUGCAUGCCAGAGCCUUCACUUACAUUAACUUGGAUGCCGCUGUCCUAGGUGUCAACCACAUGAAGAUUUCUGCUAGCCCAUUGCUGUACACAUUGCUGGAGAGAACUUUGAAAGGGGUGAAGGACCCAGUGGAGGAAUCGAAAAGCCUGUAUGACAGAGUUGGCUCUGACUGGGUAAAAACAGUUGUUCCCCUUGGUCUGGAUAAUGCAGCAUUCCCUGUCCUGACGUACUCAGGAAUUCCGGUGGUUUCCUUUGGUUUCUACAAUAAAGGUGAGGAAUAUGCCUUCUUGGGCACCACUCAGGACACUUUGGACAACCUGAAGAAGAUUGACAAGUUGUAUGCUCUUAUGCGUGCUGCUGCAGAAGUCGCUGGACAAAUAGCUCUCAGGCUGACCCAUGAUCAUGAGCUCUUCCUGGACUUUGAGAGAUACGAUGAAGAAUUGCUAGCAUUCCAGGAGAAGAUUUUGCCCUACUAUAACGAUGUGAAGGAGCUGGGGCUGACCUUGAACUGGCUGUUUUUUGCCCGUGGUGACUUCCAGCGAGCUACAGAUUCACUGAGAAACGACAUCUCAAACAGCGACAGGGAAAACAGGAUCAUCCGCAGAGCCCUGAAUGACAGGAUCAUGAAGGUGGAGUAUGACUUCCUCUCCCCGUACAUCUCACCAAAAGAUGCUCCCUUCCGCCACAUCUUCUUUGGCAAAGGCUCCCACACCCUGCAGAGCCUGCUGGAGAACCUGCAGCUGCUGAGAACCAGCAGGGACAGCGUGGACGUGAACAUGCUGAAAGAGCAGCUGGCCCUGGCGACCUGGACCAUUAAAGGGGCUGCCAGUGCCUUAGUGGGUGAUAUCUGGAAUACAGACAAUGAAUUCUAGAUGCAGCAAACAUGUAGUUAAGGUACAGGAUUAGGGAAACCCACUCCCUAAUACGACAUUUUUCCAUAGAUUUUCUGGCAACAAAUCUUUUUUGACCAAAGUUGAGCAUAAAAUUUAAAUCUCACCUUGACAAAUUCACAGGAGGCAUGUUUGAAGCAGGUACUAAGAUUACCAUGAAAUCUCUGACCAGGCUCCCAUCUGACCACAGUCCAAACUGGUUGCCUACACCUGCCUGUGGGGCUUGCUCUCCAGCAUACUUGAGAACUAACAGCUCAGGUAACUCCUGAACCGGUACCUUGAGUGGGGAGGUACCUCAUCUAUUUAGGGUUUUAAUUGUUGGCCCCCUAAACCUACUGACAAAACAGGGAAUGGAUUCCUCUUAACGCUUGUAAUAGGGAUCCCUUCCCUGGCAGGGAGCUGCAGAGACCAACCUGUAGUUCAGAAGUAAAACAACCUAGUAAUAGCCCGCAAGUGCUGGAUUAUCAGCAAGCUCUGAAGUGCCCAGCCUGCCUUUACUCAACAGCAAGGUCCCAACGACACCUUGGAGUCUUGCUUCUGCUGAGGCAGGUCUCAGUACCCUGGGAAAAUGACCCAAAGAUUAUCUAAUGCCCCCUUUAUGUCCUUAGCUGGCAGCUCAGUGCGUCUUGCAGCAUUGAGGAAUGGCUCUAGACUGGCAUUUCAGACCUUGCUGCUCUGGGGCCUUUUGUGAAAUCGAGUCUCUUGCUGGCCAAACCCUGUUUGACUGAUGCCAUUUUGCAGGAUGGCUCUUGUUUGGCACUGAGAUAUUUAUUUUAUGUAUUUAUUUAUCAGUGACAGCGUUCACUAUAAAUGGUGUGGUUUUUUUAUAGAAGAUAAUUAUCGGAAGCAGUGCCUUCCAUAAUUAUGACAGUUAUACUGUCGUUUUUGAAUAAAGCAGCAUCUGCUAUUACAAUCAAACAUGGUACUGGAACUUUGCGUCUAAAAUAAUCUAAACAGGCCCCUCAAAAAAAAAAAAAAGUUUUGAAAACUAGCAAUUAAGCUUUCUGUGACAAAAACACCUCUUUGGCAGAAACUUGGAAGUAUAAACCUGGUAGCAAGUCUCCAAGUUCUGCUCCAAAGUGAUCCCUGAAGUGCUGCUGGGUGGAAACUCAAAUGCUAGAAAUUUGGCUUUUCUGCAGUGUCCAUGCCCCUCUGGGCUUCGGACUCCCUCAUUGCUUUCCUUUCGGACGCCCUGUACUCCGUGGGGAGCACAGCUUCCUUCCUGGCCCCGGCCCAGGGGCUUGCUGUGUAGGCCUAGCUCCACCUGUGGCAACACACACAAACUUCUUGUACCUCAGUUUAGGCAUUGGCACAAUUUUUAAAUGGCAGCUUCCUGCAAAUUUCCAGUACUUUAUGUAUCAUGAAACCUAACUGACAUUAUCGGAGGCAGUGUCUUCCAUAAUGUGUAAAGAACAAGGUAGUUUUUGCCUACCACGGUGUUAUAUCGGAGGCAGUGACCUCCAUAUGUUGCACUAUGGGUGUACGUAAUUAUCGGGGACAGUGUUUCCCAUAAUUGUUCUAUGCUUAUCAUGCAAUGUCAUCUGCAAAGCUUGAUGGUUAGUAUCUAACAUGGAUCAAUUUCCUGCAGUCCUAUUUUUCCACUCUCCUGUGGUGAUGCAGAUACAAACUUCGAUCUGUAAUGUGCUUCCUUAGACUCUACCUUCUCUGUAGGCUGAACUCUUUCAAAUAGCUGUGCUGUCUUGAAGUGGCUUCCUGCCUCCAGUCACAGGACUGGUGAUUGAAUGUUUAGUGGAAACUAGGCUAGUUAGGCUGUGUGCUCUGUGAUUUAGUAAACUUCAUUCAAAUUAGUUACAAAGACUUGGGGAAUUAAAAGGCAAAUGUAGGGCUGGGGGCUGACAGCUCUCUGGAGGGCUCUGCUGCCCACUCUAGGUGGGUGUGCAUGCUACUAAAGAGCCUUGGCCUGCUUUGGCACUGUGGGGGCUGGUGUGUGGGCAUGGCAAGCUACUCCCCAGGGCUCCUUGGGAACUCAGGUCUUGCCUCCUGGGUGUCAAGUGGAAGGGGGUGAAGUCAGUGGCACUUUCUGGUGCCCCUCUGCUCCCUGACUGGAAGCUGAACACUGCUCUGUGUGCCCAGGCAACAGCUGGUCCUGUGCUCUGCAAACAGUUUGAUCUGGUGUUUAAAUCUAAACCAGGCGAGUGGCCUGAGCCCCAGCAGUAGUUCCUGGGGGAAAGAAUGUUUUUCAGCUGGAGCAGAGACCUGGGCAAGGACAAGCCCCCAGCCUAGUUACUGAACUCAGUGCUUUUCAGCUGUCUCUAGAAGCCUGAUGCCUAGGUUUGUGCGACUCCCUGCUCUUCCUUAACUACCCUGCUGCCUGAGGCAUGUGUGCAGCCCCUGGCUGUGGUAGUUUCCUAGUGACACUUCCCUGGAUGGCAUUUAAGAGCUGCUGUCUGGGAGUCCUCACUGUAGUGUUUGCAUGCAUCUUGAUGUCACUUAAUCAUGCGCUUUAUAGCCAGCAGAGAAAGACAAAGCCUGUCUCCUGGCUAGGCAGCACAACCAUGACUCUUGGGAUGUUGGAGUGCCUUGCUCAGUGCUGGCAUUUGACUGGUGUGGGGUGCUAAACUCUUGUUUCUGGAUUACCUGCUGUCUGCUUGAAUAAAGUUUUAAACUUUGAAAAA